CCCAAUACUGUGCCAAAUGUGAUAAACUGUUAACUAAUAUUGGCUUUGAUUACAACAAACAUGUGAACAAAACAGUUGAUGAAAAUAAGUGUAUGACUAAUAGCUGCUACUAUUGUAGCGAUUGUGAUAUUUAUGAUAGUAAUACCUGUGCUACCGGUGCCGCCACGGCCUGUGUCUCCAAUGGCGGCACCGCUCCUGCCGCUCCCGAUGGCCAUACGUGUAGUCAUUAUCAGUGCCAUCGACCGCAACAUCAAUACAAUAAUUUGGAUAAUUUAAGUCAAUAUUCACUUCACAUGGAAAAGGAUUUUAGGUACUACUUCCAGCACCCGUACGCCCGGCUAUUCGUCGC